UUACAUUAUACGACAAUGCUUCACUUGAAAGAUUAUACACUUCUUGUAACUGAUGCAUACAUAUUUAUACAUUGGCUGCACCGCAGAGGAACAUUUCGUCAUAGUUCGUUUAUUUCUUGGGCCGAGCGCCUUCCGAGAAGUUUGUGGACGUCGGCGGAGGAGUCCGGUGAUGCGCGGCAACCCUCACCCCGGAGACCACGGCCAGUUGGUGUUGGGAAGUGGAGGAGUCGGGAUACGCUGCUCGCCAUGGCGGUCCCCUGUCGAUUAAUCGUGAUUUUCCUGUGUGUGUGUGCGUUUACCGUGGUUUUCACAUUUAAUCUAGAACCAAGGAUUCCCAUCGUCAAGAAGGGUUCGCCAAAAUCCCACUUCGGGUAUACCGUCGCCCAGCAUCAGACCUUAGAAGGACAACGCAAGUCUUGGAUACUAGUAGGUGCUCCUAAGGACCACAACCUGCAGCCGGGGACGAACAGGUCUGGAGCGUUGUGGAAGUGUCCCCUUACUACCUUAACCUCGGACUGUCAGCAGGUUCACACCGAUGGCCUCAAGAAUCCGGAAACAGGGCUCUACAACUUUGACUAUUUAGAUGAUACUUUGGCAGAACCUUCAGAAGAUGAGAUCAAGGAUGACCAAUGGCUUGGUGUUACUCUUAAAAGCCAAGGGCCUGGUGGUAAAGUUUUGGUAUGUGCCCAUCGCUACAUGCACAAGGGCAAGGGAUUCCAGUGGGGCUUUGGCCUUUGCUACAUUCUUUCACAAAGUCUUGAUGUUGUAGACUAUUUGGAACCAUGUCGAGGAAAACCUGUUAAUGAAGGUCACCAGCAGUAUGGGUUCUGUCAGGCUGGCACGAGUGGCUUACUAUUGGAUGAUGAAGCAGUUCUUGGGGUGCCUGGACCAUACACAUGGCGGGGGACGGUCCACACUUCCAAUAUUUCGGAUAACUUUUUGCUCAAGGACAAAACACAGUAUUUUGGCCCAGUUACUGAAAAUGAGUCUCCUGUGGACAAGUACAGUUACUUAGGCUACUCGGUGACAGCAGGACAUUUCUUCGGUAACUACAUGUCUUACGUUGGUGGUGCCCCAAGAGCUAAUGAAACUGGCCAAGUAGUGUUUUUCACUCGUGAGAAGAUUGGUGUGAGUCUUCUGCGAGUAGACCUGAUACUCAGUGGGGAAAUGUUUGCCUCAAGCUUUGGAUUUGAAGUUCUUGCUCUAGACAUUAAUGGGGACAGGCGUGAUGACCUUAUUGUUAGUGCUCCCUUUUACUACAGUAGCACUACCAGCGGAGCUGUGUAUGUUUAUAUGAAUAAUGAUGGAGGCUUCGUUCACAAUCAUCCAUAUACAAAGAUUGAAGGUGCUCCGGGAGAAAGUCGGUUUGGAUUUUCCAUGACGUCCCUUGGUGAUCUGAAUCAUGAUGGAUACAAAGAUGUUGCUAUUGGAGCUCCCUAUGAAGGAAGAGGAGUAAUUUACAUAUAUUUAGGAUCCAAUAAUGGGCUAAUCAAGGAACCUGUGCAGGUUAUUCAUGCUGAGGACAUGCCUGGUAAACCCUAUGAUGCAUUUGGUUAUUCCUUGAGUGGUGGUAUGGAUCUAGAUGGGAAUGGUUAUCCUGAUCUGCUCACGUCAUCUUUUUGCAGUGACAGGGUUCUUUUGAUCAGAGCUCGGCCAAUUAUUGACAUUCAGACUCAAGUACAAUCACAAGGUCAGCUUCAGAAUAUUGAUCCCAGUAAAAAAGGCUGCACAGAAGACCUUGGAGCAUCAGAAACAUGCUUUUCAUUUGAUGCAUGUUUCAAAAUGGACAAUAAUGCUGGAACAAGAACCGGUCUACGACUUAAGUACACUAUUGAAGAAAGGGUUUAUAAGGACCAGCCAAUUGCAAGGGUGCGCUUUUCUGAUGGCCUGCAUGACCGGCCCAGCGUUGUGCAGCGUGACAUCAAUCUAAGACCAGAGGAUAUGGGCAUUUUUCAAUGCUCCCGAGAAAUAGUUUACCUUCUGGAUGCACCAAGAGAUAUACUUCGUCCACUCAGGUUCAAGCUGUCUUAUGAAAUCAUCCAGCGAGAACCUCGUCCUGUGGCUGAAGGGGACCCGGUCCCUGACAUUGAUGACUACCCAAUCCUCAACCAACAAGAAGCACUCAGGUACUUUGAGGGAACAUUUGCCAAAGAUUGUGGUUUAGAUGACAUCUGCGAUAGUGACCUGAAUGUAAUCGGAAGUCUUGAUUUGGAACGUCAUGCAAAACAUGAUCACUACCUCUUGAGACUUGGCGAACAAGAUACUAUCCCUCUCAAUGUAGAAGUUACCAAUACUGGUGAACCAGCUUAUCAGUCCAUGUUGCGUGUCACUCAUCAUAAGGCCCUUGUGUUUAACCUCAAGGAGUCACAGAUUGGAUCAUACCAGUGCUCAACUGUGUCCCCCACUGUUGUUCAGUGUGGUAUUGGUAAUCCUCUUAUUGACACAACAGGACCUUUGAUUUUAAGCUUCAGAGAGUCUGGCCAUCCAUUUGAUUCUAGAUUCAUCCUUUUUACUGUUGCUGCUAACUCAUCAUCCUUAGAGAAGACACGACAGGAUCCUUUGCAUUUCCGUGUAGAGGUCAUUAAAAAAGCAGAAAUAUCAAUUAUUGGAUCUGUGACUCCUGAACAAGCAUUCUAUGGUGGAGAGGUAACUGGUGAAUCAGCAAUUAAAAAUAUGGAUGAAAUAGGGAUGGAAGUGUCUCACAAGUAUGUGGUUGAUAACCGUGGACCUUGGCGAGUAGAUGAGCUGCAAGUGGAGGUUUUGUGGCCUCAUCAGGUGGAAAACAAUAAAGAACAGGGCAAAUGGUUGCUCUACAUGACAGAUGUGCCAGUAGUUGAUGGUGUUGGAGAAUGUGAAAUUGACCCAAAAUUUGUAAACCCAUUGAUUCUCCGAAGACAGGAAGGAUCCUCAACUGGCCCCCUAACGGGCCUGGAUGUAGAAGGUGAAUUAGAAACAACUAGCCAUCUAGGCCCUGGUAGUCAAGUCCCUAGUGAAACACAAGAUCCAGGUGAAGCUGGAGCUGGUGGUGGAGGUGUAAAGAUAACAAAGACAGUAACUAAAAAGGUGACCAAUACUACUACAAUAAAAAAGAAGACUUCUAAAACAACAUCUGACAAGGAACUCUCUGUAUCCACUGAAAGAACAUCGUCAUCUCAUGGGUUCUCGUCUGGUUCGUCAUCAUCUAGUUUUUCAUCAUCAUCCUCAUCUGGUUUUGACAAGUCUGAUUCAGGCUCUUAUGUAGAUCAAGAAGGAAGUGGCUUUGAUCAAGCUGGUGCUAGAGAACAUGGGAGAACACAUACUCGAGUCAGUCGAAGGGUUUAUUCUUCUUCAGAUAGAUCUAAAUUUGAUGAAGAGAAUAAAGAGAUUAAUAACCUUGACACAGAUGGAGAUGGCGUUGUUAGUUAUCAUGAAGAGACUCGCACUUCAUCUGGAACCUCACCUGAUGGAGGAACAAAAUUCCAUGAAACACAUCAUGAAAGCAAGAGCGUAACUGUAAAAAAGGAAGAUAUACCAAGUGGACGGUGGAGUGACCAUGGUGGACAUAGGCAAUUUAAUACGGGAACAUCUACUUCAAGUUUCAGAACUUCUGAUAGGGAUCUUGAAGAUGGUCAGCCGCGGUGGGAAAAUCGCAGGGCUUCAUAUUCCGGUCAAGGUGCACGACACAAUGCAAAUUCUGAAACAAAUAUUGAUGAGCUUGAAGGGUCAGGCUCAUCCGCUAUAUAUAACAGAGGUGAACAUGGUCGGCAAGUGCACAGUAAUACUCAUAGAGUUGAAUCUGUUACCAGAGAUGGGACCAUUAGAAGAACGCAUUCUGGAGGACAUGGAAUUACAGAUGGGAAUUAUAGAAGAAUUUCUAAUGAAGAAAGGAGGACAGCUGAUGGUGGGGAUUCUAGAACACAAACUGUUGGAUUUGAUAGAAGGCCUGACAGAGAUGGAAGUGAAAUAUUUAAUGUAUAUGGAGAAAGAAGAGUUGGUGAGAGUAUAAUUUCCUCACAUGAGUCAGACAGAGGCUUGAGAGUAGAUGGUUCUCAUAAAGUGGACAGUAAUAACAGAGAAAAUGCUAGACAAAUUGGUGAGGAUUCAUUUACAGGAACACAUACACAUGAAUCUAGAAGAGAACUCAGCAGAGAUAAUUUAAGAAAUUAUGAUGGUGAUAGAUAUGGUGAAAGGAAUGUUGAUAAUCAUGGUUCAAUAACCCAUUCAGAACAUAACAGAGCAAAAGUUGAUACAGGACAUAGAACUUCACAUGAGUAUGAUAGAAAUAGAAAUCAUGAGAACGAUGGCAGGGACCUCUUUCAGUGGAAUGACAGAAGAGCAGGAACUGAAGGUCAUCAUGGAUAUUCUCAUGAAGGUGAGAGGAUUAAAUCAAUAUCAUCGGUAGAUACAAGAAGAAAUUAUCAUGGUUUACAUGAUAUCCAUGAUGAUAACAGCAGGACUGACCCUCACUGGAAUCAUAGAACAGGUACUGAAGAUCACCAUGAUUAUUCUCGUGAGAGAACUCGAUUUAUAUCAAGAACAGAUCCUGAUGAUUAUUCAAGAAAUUACCACAGCAGAAACACGCAACGUGGUUUUAAUGAUGACCAGGUAAGAACCUCUGAAGAUAGUUACAGGGCAAACACUGAAGACUCAAGAACAAGUCAUGGGAGAAAUGUAUGGUCAAGAAAUAGACAUGAAAGCAAUACAGAAUUAAAUUCUGGCAGUGGAGGACAAAAUAGAGCUAGAGGGAAUACUCGUGAAAUGCAGCACCAAGGAAGCUUUGAUGACUGGAAUAGCCCUCAGAUUCGUAGAAAUAACACAGAUAGUGCUUUUAAUAGACGAAUCCCUCACUUUGAGUCAUCAGGCCCUGAUGAAAAUGGUACAUACACCCAAGUGGAGGUAGAUCCUUUAACUGGUAUAACUACAGUCUACACUAGAAGAGUGUUUUCUGGUAGUUGGCCUGAAAACUGGGAACGUAGAUCACACAGGCAAGGGGUAUCGACAUCAUCCUUACAAGAUGAAGAUAAGCAGAUUAGAAACAAAAGGGACUUAAGGCGCAUCAAACGAGAAAAAGAACUUAUCAUCAAACCACAGGCUGUAACUGAUGCUCAAACAGGCAAAACAAUGCAAGUGGUGAACUUGAGGUGUGAUGGUGCUAUUCCAACUGCAAAGUGCUUUGUUUUCCGUUGUAAUAUUCGCAACUUGGGAGCCAAACAAUCAGCAAGUAUCCGUAUCAAGUCCAGAUUAUGGAACUCUACAUUAGUUGAAGAUUACCCUCGUGUUAGUUAUGUGAGUAUUAAAUCGAAAGCCUCUUUGAUUCUUCCCAAGGACAUUCGUGAAGACCAAGAUCAAUCAGACGAUGUGGCUUCAGCAGAGACCUUAGCAUAUCCUGACCUGCUUGAUCAACUUCCUCCUGAAGAAGUGCCUCUUUGGGUAAUAUUAGUUUCAAUCUUUGCUGGACUCUUAGUUCUUAUAAUUAUUGUUUUAAUUUUGUGGAAAUUAGGAUUCUUUGAGAGAAAGAGGCCAGAUCCAACGCUCUCGGGUAAUCUGGAUAAAGAUGCCAAUGGAUACUAGAUUUAUAUUAGAAAAUAUUUGUGUUUGUUUAAAAGUGCCAAUUUAAUUUUAGUGUUUCCUAAUGGAAAUAUGGCAGAUAAAUAAUACACCAACACUUUCAGUCAGUAUCAGUGGAGGUUCAUAAUGUCCACUUAUGCUUUAACACAAUUUUUAAUACAAAUAAUCUACCCUCACUCUACACAAACUUUAAAAAGAGGUAGUGUACUUUGGUCACAGUAGGAUCAGCCCUAAAUUUAUGGAAGAAAUGCAUAAAAUUCCUCUUGCAUAUAAAAUCUUUGCUACUGGAGGUAGUAUCUUCCCUGUGACUACUAUUACUAGCGUGUUGCUGCUGCUGUUAUAACUGUGAUGUUCCGUGUGCCUUUAUCUCUCAGAAGGCUAUCAUGUGGCUCUUUACGAGCAAAGAAUCCAUGUAUUCAGAAAUUAACGCUUGUCUAUUAGACUAUGCUUAUCUGGAUUGUUUAUUUUGAAUGUAGAAUGAUCUUUGUGGGAAAUAGUAGUGAUGAAGAUGUUAUUUUCUUACAAAAGAAAUUUGCUGUUGCAUCUACUCCAUAGAUUUUCAUUAAAAUAUAUUGAUGCUCUCAAAUUUAAGUUAGAAAUUAACUGUGUGCAAGAGAUAUAUAUCCGUGAGAGGAUUGUUUUUGUGAUAUCUGUAUAGAUGAUACACAGUAUGGUGGUUCACUUAUACACAGCUGUUCAUGUUACAAAUGGUACUGCACUUGUGAUUUAUAACAAAACAUAAGAUGUACAGAGUUAUACACUCAUUAAUGCAGUUUUUUUAUACAUGAAGUUUAUGCAGCUGUAAAAGUUUGCAUUUGUGAUGCAGAUCUGUGCAUAUAAAGAUACGAAAAGGUGUUGCACUAUGUACAUAAAAAUACAGUGAUAUACUAGUGGUGCAUAACUGUGUAUGCAUGAGAUGACAUGGGAGUCACAUUCAUAAUGUGUAACUGUGCAUGUGAGAGAGGCAUCUGGUGUUGCUCUUAUAAUGUUCAACUUUUGUACAUAAGAGAUUCACACGGUGUUGUACUUGCAAUACUCGCUGCUCUCCUGUUCAAUAAAUUUUCAGGUGUCAUUUUACUGUCAUUUGUAUUGUGUAUUGCAUUAGAAGCAACUAUAUUUUGGGAACACCUGUUGUAAUUUUUUAUAUUCAGUAACUUUGCAUAAAUCAUUAAAGUGAUAUUGGAAAGUAUUUUGAAUGUUUGGUUUGUCACAUUAUGUUAGAAAUGCUCAUCAAGAGUUGUGUUCAUUAGCUUUAUAUGAGUUGCAAGUUGUAAAUGUAUGAAUGAGAUUUGCAAAAUGAAUAUUAAACUAAUUAUCUAUUUGGUUGUUCUGCUUUGUCUUUUGAUUUGUAAAUAUAUGUAGAUAUUUGGUGGCAAAUGGUGUAUUAGUCCUAAGUAAAACAUAUUUUUAUCAGUAGUUAAUAAACUAUUGUUCAUGAAACAUUCUUUGUUACGGUCUGUUGUAGUUGAUUCUCAUAUCUGCAUAUUCAUUAGGAUCUCACUGUAUAUAUAUAUAUGGAAAUAUUUACUUUUGUGAUAAAGUUAUACACUGGUUUUAAUUUUUUUUCAGAGCUAAUCAUUAUACAGUUAAUUUUUGAUUAUCUGAGGUAAUUGGUUCCAGAGGUAUCUCUGUAUAUAUUAAUCUCGGUUGUUCAAACAAUGUCCACCCAACCAGCAUGAGCUGAGUGUGUGUAAUGAACAUCAGCUCUUGGAAGGAUAAGCACCAUUCCAUUACAUAAAGUACACUUGUUACAUUCAGUGGCUAUGUAAAUAAUUAUAUUGAAGAAUAGUUAUCUGAAAAUAAAAGUGAUUUGUA